AACUGUCAAACGGAGUAUUGUCAAAUUCUGUUUGGUUGCUUGAUAUUUUUCCAAUGUCGCCAAUGUUGUCGUGUUUUGGAUCGCGGACAGGCGUUCGCUCGAUUCAUAUCUCAAGUCGCAUUUGGGUUUCGGUUUUGUUUGUAAUAUAACAUACUUUACGUUAUAAUCUUCAAAACAAUGAUAACGAGCUCGUAUCAAUACACAAAGAUAAUCGAAAGACGAUAACAGAAAUGUGAACUUCCAACGCUAUGAUUCGUAAAUAGACUUGAUGGGAAGUAAAUGAACAGUCGACUGAAUCAGUGAGUGUUUAGCAGUAGAUAUUUUUGUAAAAAUGAGACAUGCAUUCGACCGAAAUGCAAAAAAGUGUAUCUGUGCAAGUAGAUAGUGAUUUCGCGUUAUUGCUGCCCAGCGGUGCUUAUGAAAUUAAAAAAAUGGAACCACGAUCAAAGCUUCGGAAAGUGAUACUAUUCUGUUUACUACUUUCCCUUUUUGGGAUGGUUGCAUUUGGAUAUUUCUGCCCAGAUCAGGUGUGCGCGCUAUCGGCCAGAGAUAGAGUUUCGGAAUCGCUGGCGCUGACGUACGCGGAGGCACCUGGGCGGCCGCUGCCCGACGUCAUUGCGCAGCCAGGACUGUCUUAUGAUGAGGUCCUCCACGACGACUUCAGAUUCGACCUGGACGCGCACGAUGUCAUGGUCUUCUUGCACAUACAGAAAACAGGGGGCACGUCCUUUGGGAAACAUCUCGUCAUGGAUUUGGACUUGAAGAGGCCGUGCAACUGUCAACGGGCGCGAAAACGCUGCCAUUGUUUUCGGCCGCACAGCAACGAAAUAUGGCUCUUUUCGAGAUACUCCACGGGCUGGAAGUGCGGCCUCCACGCCGACUUUACUGAGCUGACAGCGUGCGUGGGCGGCGAGCUGGACCGGCACGAGGGGUCCGCCGUCCACCGCCGGUAUUUCUACAUCACGCUGCUGAGGGAGCCUGUCGCGAGGUACCUCUCGGAGUAUCGUCACGUGAAACGAGGCGCCACGUGGAAGGGCUCCCGGCAUUGGUGCCAAGGGCGGACGGCUACAGCGGCCGAGGUACCCCCUUGCUACACGGGCGAGUCAUGGCGUGGCGUCACACUAGAAGAGUUCGCGUCGUGUCCGUGGAACUUGGCGAACAACAGGCAGACGCGAAUGCUCGCCGACUUGGCGCUCGUAGGCUGCUACAACGGCACGUUGCGGCACCGCAGCGGCGACAGCGACAGAGUGCUGCUAGCAUCGGCCAAGAGGAACUUGGCCGCGAUGGCGUACUUCGGUCUCACUGAAUAUCAAAAGAUCUCACAAUACGUGUUCGAAGAGACGUUCAACCUCCGCUUCGCGGUGCCAUUCACGCAGCACAACGCGACGGUGUCGGGCGCGACGCUCGCGGCGCUGUCGCCCGCGCAGGUGGCGCGCAUCAAGCGGCUCAACGCGCUCGACCUCGAGCUCUACGAGUUCGCCAAGAACCUGAUGUUCAAACGAUUCGAGGCCCUCAAGAAACGUGACUCAGACUUCGAGUACAGGUGGCGACACCUAGGCGAAGUGUCCCGCACCGGGGUCACCGAAUUCGAUUGGGACAGCAACCUGGAAGAUGCCACCACUGAAAAGUACCGAGGCAAGUAAUCUGCAGGACGAACCCCUCGGGGCUAUGACGUCAUACCUAGUGCGUACACUAGUCAAAACUGCACAGAAUCCGUGUUGUAUCGUAAUAACGUUAUAUCACACUCCAUGUUUACGUCUAAGACGUGAUACUGUUAAUAGAAAUGUACAAAUAGGUGAAGUUUACUCUCGUAAUUAAUUGUCUAUGUAUAAAAUGUGUUCGUGCUCAGUUCCCAUGAGUUAUAAAUAGCCGAUUACAUAAUCUUAUAGUUCACGUUUUGGUAAACGAACAAUCUCUGAGUGAUUCGAUUGUGGAUGUGUUUAUACACAUAAUGUGCUUCAAAUCCAUCCCUUGUACAUAUAAUCUAUAUUUUUAUUACAUUAUUGUAUUACGUAUAACGUUGUUGAGUAAAGUGAAUGUUGAUGUUUGAUAGAAACAGGGUAGGUGAUGCAUCUAGGAUGAGCCCAACGAAACUUAGCUUUUAGUUUUAUCUUGUAGUAAAGUAGCAUUUUAUUGUGACACACGGACACGUUGCGCUACGAAUGGGUACUUUAGAUGUGAACGCGGGAAAGGUAUCUUAAAUAAGAAGGAAAUUUCAACCACUAAAAGUGUCUUUGGUGUUAUAUUUCACAACGAUACCGCGAACCUUUCUGUGAACACGCUUGACCGGCGAUCGAGGGCGGGAACUGACACCAUACCACUUAUACAGAUUCAUAAAUGAAAAGAAGUAAAGAAGUAUUUAAGCUUUAAAAUGACACUUUUCAUUUUCAUAACUUCAAUGUUAAACAAACAUGUUUGAUAAAUACUUUACCAAUUUAAAUCUAAUCAAUUGAAGAUACCUAGAUUCGCUUUACAUUGAAGUUAAGUCGAUAUUCGAAACUCCUUCAUUGAAGGUCCUAGCCUGAUUGAUUUCGUUGCGGGCACCUAGACAGCUUAGUUUCCCCUACACUACAUCGGUCGGGCGUGAUUGGCGGUCAAGCUUUGGGUUCCGUACUUCGGUAAAGGGAACAAAGGGCAUAUGCAUUUUGGAAGUACAUUAAAUCUGUGACGUUUCCGUGUGUCGUACGCUGGAUACUGAACACCAGUGAACCGUUCUUUACAAUACAUUGCUUGCUCAAAAUGUAUAAAAUGUUUAAUUAAAAUAAAUUACCCUCACACACCUGUGUACAUCCAUGUAGAUAGGUUUAAUUUGCAUUUCGGUCGACGACUCGCUGGUCAAACAAUAACUCAUACUAAGUGUUACAACCUAUGUAAAUAGUGAGGUGUAUUAUAUACAAUUUUCUCAUUUAGGUUAUCGAAAAUUAAUCUUGCAAGUAUAAAAAGAAAAACAUAUUUUUGUGGCAAAAAAUAUUGCUCUAUUAUUUUUAAAUUUUAGACUUAUUCUUAGAUUAAUAUUGGUUCAAUAGUCGUAAAAAUCAUCUCAGUUAAAAAUUAGCCAAAGAACAAAAUGACAUGUGCUAUAAAUACUUUAUUACUCCAUAUUGGAACAAUUUAGGUUAAAUUAACUAAUUUAGCGGUUGUAUCCACGAUGGUUAUUUUUAUCUAAAUCUAAACUCGAAAGUUUUUAUCGCGUUUGUGUAUCGGAGAUAAAUGGGACACAAAAAAUUAAGAACUUGUUGGUCAAUGAUAAAAAUCUGAACACAAUUUUGUUUAAGAGCGCUCAUCCAUCAUUGUUAUCGAGAUCUCUCUUAGUAUUGUAUAAUUCCAAACCAAUUUCGUUAAUUGCAUAAUAAAGCUUACACCGCUGAAAUAACAUUGUAGUGUUCGUAAUAACAUACAAAAUAAAUAGAAGAUAAUGACCACUUAAUCUUAGCUCGCAUGCGCCCGGCAGUUAUCUCCGGCUUAAAUGUGAUAUGGACUCCAGUUACAUAUUCAAUUUACGUGAGAAACACUUAUACGGCAUAAUAAACUCGCAUAAUUGCUGGUGUUGCUACUAAAUAUUCAUAUAAACUGAAAAGCCAUCAUCGUGGUUCGCAAAUCUUGUUUUUAUUGUUAUUGGGGAUAGUAGUACCUACCUACCUGUAGUUUUAAAGCAAAAAAGCAGCUGUUUUAUGAAAUAACGUACCGUCGACACAGCGCACUAGUUUAAACCUUUUUAUUGCAAAAUAGUAUCUAAUACAACCGUAUAAGAUCCCAGAUUUUUUAAGCUAUACAGGGUGGAAACGUUAAGUGAUCUCACUCGAUUAUUUCUAAACUAUACAAGAUAUUGAAAAACUGGUUACUGAUCCUGAAAGUGCUUCAAGAGCUCUUUCAAAAUAAAGGAAAUUCGUAGGAAACUCAUGCAUUUUCAGAUAAAAUAGACAUUUUAAUCACGAAUGCUACCGUUUGUUGUUUUGUUAUUACUGUGCCAAUAGCAUUUAUGGUAAUCGCUGUUUCCAUAUGCAUUUAUUCAUGGUUUCACUGCGAUUCCUCCAAUAGUGACUUCAUGGAUGAUUAGUGUUCCGUUAAAAAUUACAUUCACUCGGGUUGUUCCCGCUUUGGGGGGUUUUGUUUGGUAAACAGACAUAAAAUCUAGAUCACAGCAUUUUUUAUUUUUAUUUCAGUAAACGCUGUGACUGUUACCUAUAUUUUAUAGUGUACAUAGUGUUUACUAUAUCCAAAAGUGGUUGAAUGUUCAC